AUGGCGAGUCAGCCACCUCAUAAAACAAACCGCCUGCCGGCUACUCGCACACAAUGGAAGACGGACGUAAAGAACCUCAACAAUGCAGGAAUCUUCGAUGUUGAUAAGGAACCCAAAAAACGAUCUUUCCAGAUCCGCAAGCGUCCUACUCCUCUUGGGGCGCCUUCUAAGAACAUGGACACCAAUCAAACAUCUCUCGAUAUCAACAAGUAUACUUCUUAUCGAUUAUGGUUACAAACGCGAAAUACAAAAUCAAAAGAAGACCUGGAAUUGCUUGAGCAGGCUUGGACAGAAGUUAUUCGAGAUCUAAGCGUCGGAAAGGUAUGGAAAAGCAUGAGCACCGAGCAGAAAUCUGCAUUUGACAGAGCCAUUCGUUCCCGUGUUAGUUAUUUGGAACCAAAUCCUGAUCGCUACUGGUCUCGCAUACACGAGUUCGCGGCUCGUAUAUUUUUUGUCACCAAGGAACUAAAGGCUGUGGUUGAUUCGACAGAGAUGGCAGAUUUGGGCGCUAUUUUGCGGAAAGCAUCAUCAUCGAGAAUCCUACCACGCGAGGAAUGCAGAAAGAUUGUAUUCCGCCCAUUCGAUGUUGAUAAGGAACGAAUGCAAAAGCUUGACUGCGAGGGUGCAUCUGGGAAGGUCAAAGUCUUGGAUAUGCCCGCGCCAGGUAGUAACACAAUACAAAAGACUUCUGAAGACAUCAAACAUAUUCACAACAUUCGACCAGAUAUCCCUCGGCAAAAGAAAGAGCUCGAAAACGUUCUUGCCUCGAUGGACGGUACGGCUAAGGUAGUGCAAGAACCAAGAAAUCUUCGGGGUCCUAAAAUUGCACCAGAAGUCACGCAAGAUCUUACUCACAAGAAGAUCCGCCUUGCUGAUGCCAUUACGUUUAAUCCUAGGCUUAUGCUCAACGGACAACUCUGCGAGAGACUCAGUCUCACUCCGAAAAGCAAUAGCAUUACACCCGGCCCAGUCAACAAUGAUUCGCACUGCAUCAAUGACAUGGGUACCUCCAAGUCUCUUCGAUUUCAGAAGGAUCCGGAUCUCUUUACACUCGAAACAGACAAAAAUAUUUCGGACUUGUCUAGUUAUCGGAACUAUCUGAACACCAAGCUACUUCAACAUCGAGCCGCUCCAAAGGUGCAAUACGCCUCAUUAAGUGAUGAAACCCAAAGUGUGCUGGAUAAGGCUCGUCAAACGACAACGUCCGUCAGAGAUUCACUUGCAGCAAACCGCGAACAGGAACAGCAGAGACAUUUUGAUGAUUCCAGCAAUCUUACAAUUCGUCAAGAUAGGCAAGCCACAAUGACUACCCUUUAUGAUCGAGCUGAGGCUAUUACAUCCAGGGCUUGCCACUUGCUGAAAGAUGCUCGUGCAAGAGAAGUCUUAUGUCAACUCAUGUCGCCUAAGACUCGUCUCAGAACAUAUCUUUCAGAGAAUGAGCAAAGAACUCGUGCGCGAGCAGAAAGAUUCGAUGACAUCGCAGCCCAGCGCUUGGAAAAGUGGGGUUACUCCAAAGCUGAUGCCUCAGAAACUGCAAAGCAUUCAACCUCUCCUCCCAGUCCACCAACUGUCGCAAAUCAACAAGUGAGUUCUGAAAACGAUCAAAAGCCUACCAAGGUCAUUAAUACCGAGGUCGCCGCCGCAGACAAGUCAAAUAUUGAGGAUUCCUCUGCUAUCAAUAACACGACUCACACAGAUUCCAAGACCCAAAGAAACACGAAUGAUACUCUUCGCGUUGCUUUGAAUGAGUUCAACCAUGUGGAAACCAAGGGAUUUACGGAGUUUUCAAUUGGCCUUUUAAAGAAAUCUCUUCCAAAAGUCAGCCCACCACAGGAAGUGGGUGACAACGAUGUGAUGUCCGAGGACGAAUGGAUUAUGGCCGAAGAUGAAGCUGAGGAUUGGGAGAUAGUUUAG